CCCCCUCGCCUCGCCCUCCUCCGCUCGCCAAGAUUGGCCGGGAAACCCACCAAUGGGGAGCUCGGGGAGGCGGGCCUAGAGCGCGGGCUGGAGGAAGAAAAGCGAAGUUCAAGUUGGCCGCUGCGUGGGCCCCGAGUGGGGGAGGGACGGCAGGUUUUUCUCACUGGAUCUCGGAGUAUCCAGGCCCCCUCCACCAUGGCCAGCCGGGGUGGGGGCCGGGGUCGUGGCCGAGGCCAGUUGACCUUCAACAUGGAGGCUGUGGGCAUUGGGAAGGGUGAAGCUUUGCCUCCACCCACUCUACAGCCUUCUCCACUCUUCCCUCCCUUGGAGUUCCACCCAGUGCCUCUGCCCGCAGGAGAGGAAGGGGAGUAUGUCCUGGCUCUGAAGCAAGAGCUGCGUGGGGCCAUGAGGCAGCUCCCAUACUUCAUCCGGCCAGCUGUCCCCAAGAGAGAUGUGGAACGUUACUCAGACAAGUAUCAGAUGUCUGGGCCGAUCGACAAUGCCAUCGAUUGGAACCCUGAUUGGCGGCGGCUACCCCGGGAGCUCAAGAUUCGAGUUCGGAAGCUCCAGAAGGAACGGACCACCAUUAUACUCCCCAAGAGGCCCCCCAAGACCACAGAAGAUAAGGAGGAAACGAUACAGAGACUAGAGACUCUGGAGAAGAAAGAGGAGGAAGUGACUUCAGAGGAGGAGGAAGAGAAAGAGGAAGAAGAAGAAAAGGAAGAAGGAGAAGAAGAGGAAUAUGAUGAAGAAGAGCACGAAGAGGAAACUGAUUACAUCAUGUCAUAUUUUGACAAUGGAGAGGACUUUGGAGGUGACAGUGAUGACAAUAUGGAUGAGGCUAUAUACUGAAAACCCGGGCCCAUGUAUGUUCCUUGAUUUGAGAUAUAGGGUCUAAAAUUACUUAGGGUUUGUCCUGUUUUUGUUAUUAUUGUUUUUGAGAUAGGAUCUCACGUAGCUCAGGCUGGCCUGGAUCUCAGUAUGUAAGUGAGGUUGGCCUUGAACUCGCGAUCAUCCUACCUCCAUCUCCCAAGUCUUGAGAUCACUGGGGUACACCAUCACACCAAACUUCCUGUUAUUUCCUUUUGGGAGGAAAGCAUUUAGUCAGGAUCCGGGGGGCCUGUGUGCUCCCUGGGGCGUGCCCUUCAGAUCUGUGUCGCCUCUCCAUGUGGGGAGAGGACUGGUCUCUUAGUAUGGAAGAAGAGUUGGAGUGUAACUGGGUUGUUAGAGUGGACACAGCUGUGGACACACUUCUCCCCAACUUUUGUAAGCCUUUAUGGACACACUUGGGGUGGAGGCAGUCAAGAGGAGUCAGGCCUGGUUUGUAUUUGUAAAUAAAGUGUUUUUAUCUGUC